AUGGAAUUACGACAUUGUGGUCGUCUUGCGAUUUCGCUUGUUCGUCUAUCUAGACAGCCAAGAGUCUACUCUUCUGUUCGAAAUUUCUCUUCUUCGUCACGAUUGUUUCCUAUCAGUUCCACACAACUUGUUUUGAAACGUUCAUUAUCAUGGCAGUUCUGGAAAACAUCAACUCCGCCAACAUCAACUGUUGACCCAUGGCCUGCUAAUAUUACACAUUCUAUCUCUGAGCCAACCUCUAUGGAGCUACCGACAGCUCCCGUUGCAACCAUCACUGAUGUAUCAAAAGUUGAAGCUGAUGAGUUCGGUUACAUACCCGAACCGCCAACAAUUCCAUCAGACAUGCCUGUUGAGUUCUAUUUGAAUGCUGCUGGUGAACCAGCGUUAUCAACUUUAGGCCUUGGUAAAUGGUAUUUACCAACUGGUUGGGUACAACAGAGUCUUGACUUCAUUCAUGCUAAUCUCGGUCUGCCAUGGUGGGGAACAAUUAUACUCGGUACACUGAUUCUUCGUACAGCAACAGUACCAAUCGCUAUCUAUAAUCAACGAAGCGCUGGCCAAAUGCAAACACAUAUGCCCAAGUUGCAAGAAUUACAAGGAAAACUUCAAGAAGCACGCAUUCGAAACGAUCAACUGGCAAUCAUGAGAGCAGGCAAUGAACUAAUGGAAUUCAUGAAAUAUUCAGAUGUUAAACCGUGGAAAGCUAUGAUCGGGCCGUUCAUGCAGAUGCCAUUUUUCAUUUCAUUCUUUCUCGGUAUUCGUGGUUUAGCUAACUAUCCUCUUGAGAGUAUGAUGUACGGAGGAGUUUUAUGGUUUCCUGAUUUGACCGUUGCUGAUCCUUAUUACAUUCUGCCAGUUUUCACUGCUGUGUCGAUGUUUGUUACAAUGGAACUUGGUAUCGAAACCGGUAUGCGUACGGCUAAUCUAGGACUUAUCGGUCGGAAUGCUUUACGCGUUAUCCCGUUUCUCUCGUUAAUAUUUACAAUAAACUUCUCAUCGGCUUUGACAUUGUAUUGGGCAACAUCAAAUGUGAUAUCGUUAGCUCAGUCGGUGAUUUUACGUCAACCACCUGUUCGCCGUGCAUUAAGAUUACCAGCCCCACCAACAAAACGAGCUGAUACGAAAGUACAAAAGAAGAAAGGUCUUACUGGAUUUCGAGAAAAUUUCCGUAAUAGUAAACUGUUAGCUGAGGUUGAAAAACGAAAACAAUUAGGAGAUGAUAUCUUUCGUCGUGCUGGCAUCAGCUCUGCUGUUCCAACGUACAAAUACGAUCCGACGAAAGUCAAAGACAAUAAUCCACCACAAAUUCGCAAAACAUCUGGAUAA